GUAGGUCCACAUUUUCAAAACAGACUAAAUUUGUCCGAUUUAUUUCAGAACUAUCUAUUAUAAAGUAUUCAAAGGCAAGUGAGAAUUCAAAUGCAUUGAGCAGAGCUAGAGAGCGUUUUACAGAGAGGUCCUUCAGGAGACACAGAAGAACAUUUGCUGGCAAGUUCUAGAAGGAGUCUACCUAUGAUUUUUCUUCUUUACCAUGAAGAGACUUGGAAAUUAAUAGAUAACAUUUUGUGUAAAAAUUUCUAAACAUUCUUGACUUCGUAUCUCAGAGGCCUUCUGUGGAGAAUUAAUACAAGGUUGAAUGUGUGCAUGGAUAAAAUGGAUCAUCUUAAAGGAUUGAAGUUCCAAAAAUAUGUCGGCAGCACUGAACAGGUUUGACAUAAUGAGAUUUCUAUUUUAGCUUGACUUUCAGAACUCUGAAUAAAGUAUAAACUGCGCUACGCAACGUUCUAGGAAGGAAGUUCAUCUUCUAGUUGGGUGUAACAUUUUUCUUCAAAUCCUUUGCAAAUUUCCUGAAAAAUAAGACUAGUAGACACUUACUAACUUUUAAUACAUGAGGUGGAAUAGAAGGUCGUGAUCUACAUCAUACUGGAAAACAAAUUAAAAAAUAAAAGGAAAUAAGAGGAAAAGUCUCUACGUUAGCACUGUUUGAAAUGGCAGAAGCUUCAGGGGAUGCCCCAACUCUUCCAGUAACAGUGAAAAAAAAGAAAAGCCUAUCCAUUGAGGAAAAGAUCGACAUUAUAAAUGCAGUGGAAAGUGGCAAGAAAAAAGCAGAGAUUGCAGCCGAAUAUGGUAUUAAAAAAAAUUCUUUAUCUUCUAUUAUGAAGAAUAAAAACAAAGUUCUAGAAGCCUUUGAAUCUCUAAGAUUUGAUCCAAAGAGAAAAAGACUAAGAACUGCUUUUUACACAGAUCUGGAAGAGGCAUUAAUGAGGUGGUAUCGAAUUGCUCAGUGUCUAAAUGUACCAGUUAAUGGCCCAAUGUUGCGUCUAAAAGCUAAUGAUUUUGCCCAGAAACUGGGUCAUAAUGAUUUUAAGUGCAGUAAUGGUUGGCUGGAUCGUUUUAAAUCCAGGUAUGGUUUAGUAUUCAGAGCUCAACCUGUAGAAGCUACAGGUGUAUCAGUAGACCCUUCAAUUGUCUGGUACCAAAAUGUACUUCCUUAUUAUUUAAAUGAUUAUCAUCCUCAAAAUGUUUUUAAUAUAAAAGAGACUGGGCUACUUUAUCGAAUGCUACCUACAAAUACAUUUGCAUUUAAAGGAGAAACGUGCUCAAUUGGAAAGUUAUGCAAAGACAGAAUAACUCUGGUGGUUGGGGCAAACAUGGAUGGCUCAGAGAAGCUUCCUUUGCUUAUCAUUGGAAAAAACAGAAAUCCACAUUGUUUCAAAGGUAUAAAAUCAUUGCCUGUGUGUUAUGAAGCUAACAAAAUGGCAUGGAUGACGUCAGAUGUGUUUGAACAAUGGAUGAGGAAGCUUGAUGAGAAAUUUCAAGCCCAGCAGCGAAGAGUGGUGAUUUUUGUUGAUUCUUUUCCUGCUCAUCCAGAGGUAAAGAACCUUAAGUCCAUUGAGUUAGCAUUCUUUCCAUCAUGUUUAUCUUCUAAAUUUAUAGCUAUGAAACAGGGAGUUAUUAAAGACCUUAAAAUCAAAUAUCGACAUUGUCUAGUUAAAAAAUUUUUAAGCUCUGUUGAAGGCAGUAAAGAAUUUACAUUUUCACUACUAGAUGCAGUUGAUACAUUACAUCUUUGUUGGAGGGCUGUAACUUCAGAGACUGUUGUUAAAAGCUAUGAAGAGGCAGGAUUCAAAUCUCAAAAGGGAGAAAGCGACACAAAUGCAGAGAAAGAUACUAGUAAUGAUUGGGUUGCCGAUGCACUGGGAGCAGGGGUGGCAGAGGAAGAUACUAGUAAUGAUUGGGUUGCUGAUGCACUGGGAGCACGGGUGGCAGAGGAAGAUACUAGUAAUGAUUGGGUUGCCUAUGCAUUGGGGGCAGGGGUGGAAUUUCCUGCAGGUUUAUCUAUUGAGGAGUAUGCUGCCUUGGAUGAUGAUUUGGAGACAUGUGAAGCAGCACCAAAUGAUGAUACAGUCUUGACCAAAGAAAGUAAAUCAGAUGAAACUGGGUUUUAUACUUCUGAUGAAGAGGAUGAUGGUGGAUCAAUAGACACGGAACUCCCAUUACCAUCAAAAAAUGAGGCAAUAACUGCUUUAGAUACUCUUAAAAAAUUUAUUAGAAGUCAAGAUAUGAAAGAUGGACUUCAUGAUUCUUUAGCAGACAUUGAAAAUUUUAUUAAUUCUUUAUCACCUAAGUAAUUAUUUAUUGUACAAAAUCUGAAGAUUAAUAGUUUUUCCUGAUAUGUUUUACUAUAUAAGGUAUUGAAAGAAAAAAUCCCUCUAAAACCUAAAAAAUCAAAAACUAGUAAUCUUUUGUUUAAAUUACAAAAGUCUUUGGUCUGAGUAGCAAAUCUCCCUAGUAAAUAAUGAUUCAAUAAAUAAAAAUUAUAAAUUUCUAUUAAGGUUUUGGAGAGUAGAGAAUAUAAUUCAGAGGCCUUGUAUUUGACACAUAUGAUAUGUAUGUCGAACAAAAGGACCUCUAUCUGAUAUUAUACACAUUGUAUUGUUGAUUGCUGUUUUUGUUAAGAUUAUGUUCUAGAAAAUUUUAUCUGGAUUAAGAAACAAAAUACUUACCAAUAGGUUAUUGAGUUUUAUAAAGACAUAUAUAUGCCAUAUGUAUUUUAACUAGACUUUAAGAAUCAAAGUAUUAAAGUAAUGUUAAAUUACUUUUUCUCAUAAGUAGCUAAACUUCCUAAUAAGAAAUUAUGAAUUAAAAACACAUAUAUUACCACUUUUAAGCUAUUUGUAUGUAAGAUCAAAUAAAAGGCUAUAACCCUAUCAGGGCUUUUUUUUAUCGUCUGUAACAAGAAGAUAUGGAUUCUUCCUAAAUAUGUAGAUGUAUCCAUGUGUGGUUACUAGAAAAAUACAUUAUUGGAACAUUUAUUAAAUUUAUGAUAUUUAUAUUUUAAUAGUGGUGCUUAGAUAUUUUUCUAAUUUUAAUAGCUCAGCUUUUGAUCUGUAAUGUUUAAUUUUCUUGAUUUCACUAAAUGUCAUUUUUUGAGGAAACUAAAUGUCUUUUGAGCAUAUUUUGAUGUACUUAAUCUUUUUUCUCCAAAAAAUGUAAUGAAUAACAUUUUGAAUUAAAAUUUUGUUUGAGGAAAUUUUGCCUAUAGAAUGUUUUAAAUGUUGUAUGAAAUUAUUUAAUAUUCAUCUGUAAAAUAGUCUUUAGACAGUAGAAAAUUAUAACAAUGUGUGAGAUUUUUUCAUUGUAAAAUUUUAAGUAGUAUGCUUAUUUUUUAGGGUCCCUUUUGAAAAGUAGUUUUUUUAAAUAUAAAACAUGCAGAUUAUUUUAUUAUGAACUUUUAUUUGUCUGCUAAAAGAUGACAUUUGGAAAGAAAGACCUAUAAAAGCAUGUUUAUUUUCCAUCUGUUGAUUUACUCUGUUUUAAAAUUUAGUAAUUGUAAGCCUUUUAAAAUGUAUUAAAAUUAAGUUUUUUUUGAAAGAAGUAUGAUUUAAAUUUAAAGCAUUUUAUGAAUUAUUUGAUUUAAAAUUUUAAUUUGGCACAAUCAGGGACCUAAAGAAGCUCACAAGAGCCUCACUUGUAACUACAGCAUCUAACGUAUAUUGACCUCUCAAUUUUUUUUUCCUUUCUCCACUUGAUGCCAUUUUGCUGCAUUAAAUCAUACCAGAUAUUCUAUGACUUAAGAAUUAUUAUUUCUAUUUGUACAGAUGAGGAAAUUUAAACCAAUGACUUAGUUAAAAUCUCAGAGCCAAAACUAAAAUGCAUUUCUCU